AUGUCUCUUUACACUCUUUUUGCUGCGGGUCUGCUCGCCCAGUUCGCGAACGCGUACACUGUCAUCCAGAUCCCUCCCCCUUUCAUGGAGAAGAACAUCGAUCCCAUUGUCUACCCUGGAGAGUUCGACAAGUCGCAUCUACACUCUUUCUACGGCUCCGACGCCGUUGUUGCCGGCACCAAGACCAGCGCCGAACUCCAGAAAGGCUGCACCACCGCCGAGAACCCCAACGACUUGUCGAGCUACUGGGUGCCCACUUUCCUAUACACCAAAGAUGGCAAGAACUAUGAGCCCGUCCCCGUCUUCCGCUUCAGCGCAUACUACAACCUCGGCGAGACCCCCGCUGAGGUCGCCAUUCCACAAGACUUGCAGAUGGUUGCCGGCAAAGCCGACGCCAUGACCCCAGACGCCAUGGACGUCAACGCAAAGGCCUCAUGGGGCUGCGAGAGCGAAGACAUUCCUCUCGACGCCAACGGCUUCCCCACCAAGACCUGCUCCACCCACAUCCAGCAACUCCUCUUUUUCCCCCAGUGUGUCAACGAAGAGACCCUCGAGACCGGCUACAAGAGCCGCGACAACGGAACACCCAACUGGUGCCCCAAGGGCAUGAAGUCUAUGCCCCAGCUCCGCUUCUCCAUCCGCUACGAUAUGCGCAAGGCCCUACCCAACGGCUGGUCUGGUACCACCGCGCCGUUCAAGCUGGCUUGCGGACCUGCGUGGUGCUCGCACGGCGACUUCAUCAACGGUUGGGUUCCUGAGGCUGCGAAGAACAUGGUUGGCACGACCAAAGAGAAGCAGCAUUUUGCUGCCGUUGAGGGUCCCCUUGGUGGCCCUUCGGAUGGCGCUUCUUGCAAGGCUAAGGAUGCUGAUCCCAGCCACGGCACGAACAACUAUGCUAAGAGCGUUGCUGCUAUGGCUAAGCGCAGUGUUGGCGCUUGGGGCUGGGAGACCAGGUCUAGGCUCGCUCGCUUGGUCAAUGGCGCAUAA